AUGAAAAUAGCCUGGAACAGACUGCUCCGCCUCCAAGAGAACGUGGCCUUACGUGGAAAGGCGACCCAGUCAGACCGCGCCGAGUACAUGUUCUCAGCUGCCUACAAUGCUAUUGAUGAAAACCAGAAUGUGGCCUUGCGUGGAAAAGCAACUCAGUCAAACCGUCAUGCAGACGGAUUUGCCCAAAACGCUAUCGACGGAAAUCGUGAAUCUAACUACGGGGCGGGAUCGUGCACCCACACUGUUGAACAGACCAACCCCUGGUGGAGAGUGGACCUGCUGGAGUCCUACAUCGUCACCUCCGUCAUCAUCACCAACAGAGGAGACAAUUAUGCAGAAAGGCUCAACGGGGCAGAGAUUCACAUCGGCAACUCUCUACAGGACGAGGGUGCCGCAAACCCAGUGGUUGGUGUGAUUACUCAUAUCCCAGCAGGCAGGUCUUUAAAGAUCACUUUUACCAAACUUGUGGAGGGACGUUAUGUGACCGUGGUGCUACCUGGUUCAAAUAGAGUCCUCACACUCUGUGAAGUGGAAGUCUACGGGUACCGUGCUCCGACUGGAGAGAACUUGGCACUCGGAGGAAAAGCCACACAGUCGUCGCUGCAUUCUACAGGCGUUGCAAAUAACGCCAUAGAUGGGAACCGUGCGUACUACUGGGACCAGGCUUCUUGUACCCACACAAAGGCCGACCUUAACCCCUGGUGGCGACUGGACCUGGGCAGAACCCAUAAAGUGUUUUCUGUCAACAUAACCAACACUAUAGACUCUGUGCCACAACGACUCAAUGGAGCUGAGAUCCUAAUUGGAGAUUCGCUUGAAAACAAUGGCAACAACAACCCCAGGUGUGCUUUGAUCUCAAGCAUCCCUGGAGGUUUCACCAAAAACUUCCAGUGUAACGGGAUGGACGGUCGCUACAUCAACAUCGUCAUUCCUGGAAGAAACGAGUACCUGACCCUGUGUGAGGUGGAGGUGUACGGCUCCAGACUGGAUUAGGUCUGAGGAGGCUCAUAUAACGUAUAACAACCACAUUUUACACUGGUGACGUUCAUAUUAGGCUCUUGGUGCAAUCAUGGCUUAAAGGGACAGUUCACCCCUCCUCUCACCUGUAGUGUUUUUGAUCAAUAUAGAUUUAUUUUUGUGUGAGUUGCCGAGUUCUCUCCAAUACAGUGGAACUCGAUGGCUCUCGGUUUGUGGUGCUCAAAGCGCCAAAAAGAAAAUGCAUUUGAAAAACUCGACACCAGUAUGUCUUUCUUUCUUACACAAGAUAAUACACCCACCUUGUUUUGAAUGGUUUAGUGCAGGAACAAUUAUCUUGCUUGAGUUUUGUCAAACUUAUUUUUGGGGGCUUUGAGCACCACGAGCCGAGUGCCAUCUGAUUCUGUUAUAUUAGAGAGAAGGAAGACAUCUAUUCAGUUUAUUUUGUAUAACAAAUUUGCCUCAGAGGACUUUACAAUCUGUACACAUGCGACAUCCUCUGUCCUUCCCUCACAUCAGCACAGGAAGAACUCCCCUAAAAAACCCUUUAACAGGGAGAAAAAAGGAAGAAACCUCUGGGAGAACGACAGAGGAGGGAUCCUUCUCCCAGGAUGGACAGAAUGCAAUAGAUGUACACAAUAGAUGUGUACAUCUCUACGACCGAUAUCUCCAACACUCUACAUACAACUCACGCUAAAACAAUCUAGAUUGAUUAAUAGCGCUUCAGAUAAGAGGAAAAAUAUGUAUUCAUAUUCAUCCAUGUCAAUCAUAAUCAGUGGGUUCAGAAAUUAAACACAUAUUCUUUAGUUUUAUUAUUUUUCAGCAUCAAUAUUACAUUUCUGAAAAUGUAACAGUCACACGUUAUCAGCAAUAUUAAUAUUCAUUUUACUGUUUGAUCUUUGUGUUUAUCUGACCAGGAAGUACAACUAGAUUUAUUCAGGAAUUGACAGUAAACAGCAUCAAACACAUUUUUCAAAACAAAUAAGGGGAAGACACAUAAUAAAAGUGCAUGUUUACAUUGUUCCAUGUACAUUCAACUACUGUAACACUGUAACUACUGUAUUAAUGUAACCUGAUAAUAUGUCUACAGCAUAUUGCUCUUCUGAUUUACUUCACACAUUGAAAGAA